AUGGCCGUGAAAAACAGAGGCAUAGGCCACCGCCAUGGCUCCCGGUUGAGUAGCACAAAUACUGGUGUGCAGAUGCCCACUCGCAGGCAGCCCAAGGCACCGCAAGAGGGUAAUGGCACAGUCUCAAAAGCUAUAGUGGGAUCCAUAAUAGAUCUUCCAUUUGUUUUAAGCCUAGUAUUUGGAGGCUGUUGCGCAAAUGUUUGGUCAUACGAGCAUCUGCUCAAGAUUGACGCACGGUUAGGAACUGCUCUCACAUUCUCUCAGAUGUGUUUUAUAACCUUGCAUUCAUUGCCAUCCUUCCUCACAUGGCCCGCCAACUCUCCCUUUCCGCAUCUCAAACCACGACGCGUUCCUCUACGUAAAUGGGUUGCACAAGUUCUCCUUCUCACGUCAAGUUCACUGCUUAAUAAUUGGGCAUUCGCAUACCAUGUUCCCCUCACUGUCCAGAUCGUCUUCCGCUCGGCCGGAUUAGCCAUCUCCAUGGUUUUUGGCUAUCUAUUCCUCAGGAAACGCUACUCUGUCCCUCAAAUUGCUGCCGUUGCUUUUGUAUCUGUCGGUGUCAUUACUGCUACCCUCUCGCGACCAUCUACCACUGCAAGUUCUGGCGGGUCAGCGUCAGGAUUUAGCAAAUAUUCACUGGGCGUAUGCAUGCUCGUCAUCUCGCUUUUCCUAACCGGCGCGCUCGGCCUACUGCAAGAAAAGACCUACAAACAGUAUGGCCCCUGCUGGCAGGAGGGCGUAUUCUACACACAUUCCCUCUCUCUACCUAUCUUCUUGUUCCUCAUCCCCGAUGUCAAGUAUGGGUAUCAGACGCUGUCGACUGCACCGGCCUCUCUAACACCUGCAUCCAUCCUCGCCUCCGCCACGCCUUACCUUGUCCUCAUGGCGAAUCUAUUCACACAGCUCGUCUGCGUGUCUGGUGUCAACCAGCUGACCUCACGGGUGACUUCCGUGACAACCAACCUUGCGCUCACCGCGCGCAAGGCUCUCAGCCUCUGCUUCAGCGUCUGGUGGUUCGGCAGCGGCUGGAAUGCGCAGCUCGGUGCAGGCGCCGGCAUGGUCUUCCUAGGAUCCCUGCUCUAUACCGUCGUGAGCACCAGCUGA